UUAAGCCUCCAUCGUAGUUCACAGAAGCAGCAAGAUGGGUCGACAUUAAAUUAGUUUUCUAAAAAUACAAAAUUGGCAGCAUUUUGUACUAUUUCCAAGCCAAGAUCCUUGAGGAAACCAAGUAAUAGUCUCUAGGUUGCCAUAAAUUGGCCAUCUCUCAGCUUAUUCUUUGCCAGAACAAGCCCUGAUGCUACUUCUGUGAGAUUCAGUGUCACAUCCAGAUGGGUUGCCACACUGAAGCCUCAAAAAAUAAAUCCAGCUGAGCCCAAGGCUUUGCCCUAGAUUACUCAGAUGCUAAACUUGUCAUGACUCUAAGUCUCCAAAUGAUUCAUGGGAGGAGCAGAUGAACUAAGGACUUUAGAGGCUGCAGCUCUGCUCUUUUAUGAUACAGCCUCAAAUUUGCAUAGACAGAAGAACUA